AUGCCUACGGUGGUUUUAGUCGAUGCGCGCGUUGACCCAGACAAGAUUAUAGAGAUUGUCGCGCAUAGAACCACAGAGGAGCGAGGAGAGGAAUACCUCGUCCGCUGGGUCACGGAGUCCGCGAACCCUACAGACGUACCUUUCUCGUACCACGAUGCAGACGAGCUAGCGUCGUGUCUACCGCUCCUUCAAGUCUACUUGGAGAGCUUAGACAAGGACAAGCCAAGUAGGGCCUCGAGAAAAAGAAAGCACGAUGAGAGACAACCUUUUCGCCCGUCACCUGCGGAGAGAUUGACAGCUCCGUCGAGGUCUUCGCCUGCGAGUCCGUCACCCUCCCUAUCCUCAACGGACCUUUCGAACCUACAGAUCUCUUCGGACCAGAUCCCAUCCGUCUACAAUGGCACCUUGAGGUGCAGGGAUGAGUUUAUCACCAUGGUAACAUCGUCGCGCCCGGACGUCGCGAGAAUUGACGUCCGUCACGUACCAACUCCGGCAAUGACAGCUGUCGCUCAAAUGUCAACCACUCUGCAAGCCCAAAAGCGGAUACGUGACGAAGUUGUUCGCCGCCUAGACACCCUCCCAGGUCCGAGAGUCACUCUGGUCAACACUGUCGACUCCACCUCACCACCACUUGACUUCCAGUUCAUCGCCAAAAACAUACUGGGCGAAGGUGUUUACGCCGCGGAUCCUGCGACCAGGACGGGAUGCAGCAAAUGCAAGGCGCACAUGGGACAGGGCAUUGGCUGCGAGUAUUCCAAGAUAUGUGACUGCCUGGAGUACGCGGCAGUCCACGAGAGCGAAAGGAUGUUACCCGAAGAGCGCGAACGAUGGGAGAUCAUCAAGGAGGUCGGCGGAGGUGAUACUGCGGGUCUUCCCAAGAAGUUCCCGUACUACAGCAGCGGUGCCAGGCAAGGCUGCCUCGUCCCAUUCUACCUCGAGCGGCGCUUCCCGAUCUACGAGUGUAACGAGAACUGCCAGUGCGGCCCCGGAUGCAAGACGCGCAUCGUGCAGUUCGGACGCCAGGUCAGGCUCGAGAUUUUCCGGACCAGCAAUGGGCGCGGAUGGGGUCUCCGCUGCAAGCAGAAGCUCAUGAAGGGCCAAUUCAUCGACACCUACCGGGGUGAAAUCAUCACGGACGCCGAGGCAACCCGCCGCGAGAAGAAGUCCAUCGGCAGCAAAGACUCGUACCUCUACUCUCUCGACAAGUUCGCGGAAACGCUCGGCAUUCAGCAAGAAGACCUCUAUGUCAUCGACGGUCAGUACAAAGGCGGUCCGACGCGCUUCAUCAACCACUCCUGCGAGCCCAACUGCCGCCAGUACGUCGUCUCAUACAACAGACAUGACCCAAAGGUCUACGAGAUCGCCUUCUUCGCAACCCGUGACAUCAGCGCCGGCGAGGAGUUGACGUUCGACUACCUGGACAAGGAUGAAGAGGACGAAGACGAGGAGGAGGCCCCAGACCCUGAGGAGCGCAAAGACGGCGGAAUCAAGCCCACCAAGUGUCGCUGCGGUGCCAAGAAGUGUCGCAAAUGGCUUUGGAUCUGA